ACCUUAUAAACCAUUUAAAACAGUUUGUAGGCGGUUUAUAUGUUUAUAAUUCAAUUAUACAUUUUAAUGAUCAUAAUAAAUGACAGGUCAUUGGGACCACAUUGCUAUUUUCGGCAAUUAAAUCGUAUGGCUCGUGUUUUUGUCCGUUUUUAGAGAUCACUAUUUUACUCAUAGAUAAUUGAUAUUUCAUUAUUUUGAAGAGAAUGAACGUGUAUAAUGGCUUUAAUUGUCGGUGGAAUAUCAGUAAAUAUCACGUAUAAUGUACUAUUUUUAAGCGGGUCUUGCUUGUAGCAGUUAGUUGUGAAAAACAUGUGGUAAAAAUGGUUUAUAUGACUGACAAAAAUACUGAAGCUAGCGUUAGUGAUCAAACCGAAGAAAUUCAAAGUGAAAUUCACCAUCCUCCAGUAUGGCUGUUUUGGAAAGCAAGAAGAUAUACUGUUACUAUAUUGGUAUUUUUUGGGCUCUUCUGCGAUUAUGCCCUGAGAGUUAAUAUGAGUGUGGCAAUCGUGGCUAUGACCCAAUAUGAAAAUGUUACUCUAGAAAAUGGAACCACCGUACUGCAAAGAGAAUUUGAUUGGGAUACAGCAAUCCAAGGCCACAUUCUCAGUACAUUUUACUAUGGAUACCUUCUUUCCUCAUUGUUAGGAGGUUAUGCGUCUACACUAUUUGGAGGCAAACCUGUCUUUGCAAUAGGAAUUGGUGGUAUUUCAAUCUUAAAUUUGCUCACCCCUUUGCUGUCAAAGGUGAGUGUGUAUGCCUUAUUAGCAGUCAGAGUCCUAGCAGGCAUUUUUGAGGGAAUACUUUUUCCUUGUGCCAACGAGGUUUUUGCAAAAUGGGCCCCGUCUUCAGAAAAGGGCCUAUUGGUAACUAUUGGGUUUUCUGGAUGUUAUGUUGGAACCUUGGCUUGUUUACCAAUAUCAUCAAUGCUGGCAGCUUACUUAGGAUGGGAAAGUGUUUUUUAUGCAUUCGGACUGUUUGGAUGUUUAUGGACGAUUCUCUGGCUUACGCUUACAUCGAACUCACCAGCCCAAGACUCGAGUAUUUCACAGGCGGAGUUACUUUAUAUCACACAAAACGGAGAAGAAAAUUCGACAAAAGAAAAAUUUGUGAUUCCUUGGUGGUGCAUCUUAACGUCUGUGCCAGUAUGGGCAUUGACCAUAUCAGUGGCGUGCAAGGCAUGGGGAUUCUUUGCUCUGUUGAGCCAUUUGCCACAGUUCGUUAAAUAUUGUCUAAGCUAUGAUCUCAAAGACGCAGGAUUUGUAUCAGCUAUGCCAUAUUUGGCUAUGUCUGUGUUAAUUCAGCUCACUGGACGGUUCUCCGAUUACAUCGAAGCAAAGCGAGUUAUUACUACUACCAAUGUGAGAAAGAUUCUAGUAGUUGGAGGACUGCUAGUCCAGAGCAUUUUUAUGGUGCUCGUCGUCCAUUGGAUAACCAUUUUUGGCAGCAAUUUUUGCCUUAUUAUGGCUGUAGGUUUGGGAGGUCUGCCUAUGGCUGUUUUUACGGUUAAUCCUCUGGAUCUUAGUCAAAAAUAUGGAAGCAUUAUCGGAGGGCUAGCACAUACAUUUGGAACUAUUUCUGGCAUUUUAGCUCCAACCUUAACAGGAUAUAUUGUUACCGAAGAAACUAACGUAGACCAAUGGCGCUAUGUGUUCUACAUAGCCAGUUCUAUAUAUUUACUUGGAGCCAUAUCCUUUGGAAUUUUUGGAUCUGGUGAGCAACAACCUUGGAACAACUUUAACGUUUUACCCGCUGAUAAGGAAAAAAGUGAAGUACAAUGUUACGAAAACAAAGAAUUCGAGUCCGAAGAAGCGCCGUAGAUAUUUUAUUUGUUUAGUUGUGUAUUUAUUAAUAAAUUUUUAAUUAAGUUA